AUGAAUGAUUUUAAUUCAAAAGAAAAUAAGUUGAUCAGAAAUUAUCAACUAAGUGAACAUUGUCCAGUAAGAAAGGACAGAUUGCUCCCCUUGUGCUUGGAGGAUGAACUGAGAGCUCCAAAUGCCAAGAUAAUCAACAUUGUUCCAGCAAAGGCGGGAACUUCUCCUGUGAAGCAGCAGGACACAAAGCCCAUAAUAUUCCAUGACACAAGAUAUAUACUAAUGUGGCUUUUGAGAAAAUGUAGGUUUAUACCUCAUCUUUUCACAUAUAAAAGAAAAAAUUUUGUUUUAGAAAGAAACUGUGCAAUCUUCAAAUCUUUAAUCAGUGAUCAACCAAGAACUCUUUCUAAACCCAAAAGAACUCUGAUGCCUGCAGCAUGGAGGAAAGACAUCCAAACAAUGUUGUGUGAAAGGAUCCAUAGAACUGUAAAGGACAAAGUGAAGAAAGCUACUGUUCAAAAUUCAGAAAAGAGACCUUGGAGUAGACUUUAUACAUUAUCUCACUCUUUGUCCAGUCUUGCAAAAAACUUUGAGAGCUACUUUGAUAAAACCAUUAUUCAAGAAAAGAGAACUAACCCGGGUGAAUCUGGAAGAAUGUUUUUGAUGGUGAAACCAAGAAAUGCACCCAAAUUCUGUGUCUUGCCAGUCAAAUGUUGUCCAAAGCCUUUAAAAAAUAUACUUGAAGUACGUAAAUUAAAUAAUGUAACCCCAUUAGAUAAUUUGUUAAACUUGCCAGGUGAAAUGAAAUGA